AUGAGAGCGCUCGAGGUGGUGGUCGUGCUAGCCAUGGCGGCCAUGGCCAUCGGCACCGUGCACGCUGCACAGUGCGGCUCCCAGGCUGGCGGGGCGACCUGCCCCAACUGCCUCUGCUGCAGCCGCUAUGGCUGGUGCGGCUCCACCUCGGAAUACUGCGGUGACGGCUGCCAGAGCCAGUGCUCUGGCUGCGGCGGCGGUGCCACGCCCGUCACACCCAAUCCCAUUGGCGGUGGCGUGUCCUCCAUUAUCUCCCGCUCCCUCUUCAACCAAAUGCUACUCCACCGUAAUGACCCAGGAUGCCAUGCCAGGGGCUUCUAUACCUAUGACGCCUUCGUCACAGCCGCCGCCGCCUUUCCUGGCUUCGGCACCACAGGCGACACCGCCACCCGAAAGCGCGAGGUGGCCGCCUUCCUAGCGCAAACCUCUCAUGAGACCACUGGCGAGUGGGCCACAGCCCCGAACGGGCCCUAUGCAUGGGGCUACUGCUUCAAGCAGGAGCAGAACCCCACCUCGAACUACUGCACCCCAAGCACGCAGUGGCCAUGUGCGCCCGGAAAGAGCUAUUAUGGCCGUGGGCCCAUCCAACUAUCUCACAACUACAACUACGGGCAAGCAGGCCGGGCCAUCGGGGCCGACCUAUUGGGCAACCCAAACUUGGUGGCCACAAACCCGACCGUGUCAUUCAAAACUGCCAUCUGGUUUUGGAUGAUGGCGCAACUGCCCAAGCCCUCGAGCCAUGCAGUGAUCACGGGACAAUGGAAACCUUCGGCGACAGACCGGGCCGCGGGGCGGGUGCCUGGGUUUGGCGUGAUCACCAACAUUGUCAACGGCGGGAUUGAGUGCGGCCACGGGUAUGAUAAUCGUGUUGCUGACCGAAUUGGGUUCUACAAACGCUACUGCAACAUCUUCGGUAUCGGCUAUGGUGGCAACCUCGACUGCUACAAGCAGAGCCCCUUCGCUUAA